AUGGCUAAGAUCAAAUACCUACUUUUCGGCGUAUGUUUUGUGGGUUCUAUUGCUCUUAAUAUCUUCUUCGUAACCAAUAAUCUGUUUGCUGGUUAUGAAAAUAAGCAGCUUAGUUGGAGCCAAAAGGCUGCUGCAGAAGCUGAAGCAGUGGCCGCAGUGUCAUGCUCUGGCCAUGGAAGAGCCUAUUUGGAUGGCUUACUUGUUGAUGGGAAACCAGUUUGCGAGUGCAACACUUGCUAUGAAGGCCCGCACUGCUCUCAGUUCUUGCCUGACUGUGCUGCUAAUGCUGACAGUGGGGAUCCAUUAUUUUUGGAGCCCUUUUGGAUGCAACAUGCAGAGAGCAGUGCACUUCUGGUUGCAGGGUGGCACAGAAUGAGCUAUGUAUUUGCAGAUCAAACUUCAAUGUCACUAGAGCUUCAAAAGCACAUUCUCAAAGUCCAUUCCAUUGCCAGAAAUGCAAUUACAAAAGGGAAAUACCUUGUUUUUGGUGUUGGCUCCACUCAACUCCUCUCAGCGGCUGUUUUUGCUCUUUCCCUCAACUCGUCGUCACCUGCAAGAGUUGUUGCAGCAUCACCUUAUUACCCGGUAUAUAAAACACAGACGGACUUCUUCGAAACUGUUCACUUUGAGUUUCAAGGAGAUGCAUUGUUGAUGAAAAAUACUUCAGAUUAUGUCAGAAAUGUGAUUGAAUUUGUAACUUCACCAAAUAAUCCUGAUGGCAAUCUAAGAAAGGCGGUUCUACAAGGGUUAUCUGUGAAUGCCAUUUAUGAUCACGCCUAUUACUGGCCACAUUUUUCCGCUAUUCCAGCACCAGCAGAUGAAGAUAUCAUGAUUUUCACAAUUUCCAAGCUCACUGGCCAUGCUGGAAGUAGAUUUGGUUGGGCUUUAGUGAAGGACAAGGAUGUUUACCUUAAUAUGCAGAACUAUAUCUCACUGGCAGAUAUAAGCAUCUCUAGGGAUACUCAAUUGAGAGCUCUGCAACUUCUCAAAGCAGUUCUUAAAGGUGAUGGCCGGGAAAUCUUUCAUUUUGCCUACGAAAAAAUGAGGGACCGCUGGGAAAAGAUUAGCCAGACUAUAUCAUUGUCGAAGCGUUUUACUAUCCAAGAUAUUCCACCUCAGUACUGCAACUUCUUCGAGAAAGUCAGGGGACCAUCGCCAGCAUAUAUCUGGUUGAAAUGUGAGAGGGAAGAAGACACCAAUUGCAAAGCUGUCCUACUUUCAGCAAACAUCAUAGGCCGUUCAGGUAGCUUGUUCAAUGCUGAAGAUCGUUAUGUACGUCUCAGCCUUCUUAAGAGCGACGAUGACUACAACUCGCUGCUAUAUCGUUUGAAAGAACUCAUUUCCAAGGAAGGCAGAGCAGAUACCUUGUGA